UGUUCAGGCCACAUGUGCCCAUCCAGAGAGCCUAAAGGGCACCAGCAUCUACCAAGCCCCACCACAGAGCUUUGUUUGUGAUGACCUUCCCAAACCCCAGAUCACGGUUCACCCAGUCACCACAGCUGCAGUAUUGGGUAAAGACGUGCGUCUGACCUGUACUGCUGCCAGCAGCAGCAGUUCUCCCAUGACCUUCACCUGGCUAAAGGACCAGGAGACACUCCGCCAGGCUGAGGUGGAGAACUUUGCCCAUGUGCGGGCCAGCGAUGGAGGAGUGAUGGAGUACACUACGAUCCUUCACCUUCGACACGUCACCUUCAACCAUGAGGGACGAUACCAGUGCAUCAUCAGCAAUCACUUCGGCUCCUCUUACUCCAACAAGGCCCGCGUCACUGUAAACGUCCUGCCUUCGUUCGUCAAGACCCCACGUGACAUCACCAUCCGCACAGGCACCAAAGCGCGGUUGGAGUGUGCGGCCGAAGGGCAUCCGACUCCACAGGUGGCAUGGCAGAAAGAUGGCGGAACAGACUUCCCUGCUGCCCGAGAGCGGCGCAUGCGUGUGAUGCCUGAUGAUGAUGUGUUCUUUAUCAUGGAUGUGAAGCCAGAGGAUAUGGGUGUUUACAGCUGCACAGCGAAAAACACAGCAGGCAUGAUCUCCGCCAACGUCACCUUAACAGUGCUAGAGACCCCUCAUCUGGCACAGGAAAUGGAGGAUCGUAAUGUGGUGGUAGGCGAAACUGUAGCACUGCAGUGCAAGGCUUUGGGCAGUCCACCACCUCGCAUCACCUGGCUGAAGGGUGAAGAGCCUCUUCGAGCCAGCGACCGUCAUCACUUCACUCCAGGAAAUCAGCUGUUGGUGAUCGGCAGCAGCACAUUAGAGGAUGCUGGACGCUACACUUGUGUGAUGUCCAAUACGCUCGGCACCGAACGUGCUCACUCGCAGCUCACUGUCUACCAGAGAUUUGAGGAGUGCGCACCUUUUACCAGCCCCAGCACUGUUACUGUAGGCAUCAUCAUCAUCGCUGUGGUCACCAGUAUUGUGGUGACUUCACUAGUUUGGGUGUGUAUUAUCUAUCAGACCAGGAAGAAGAGCGAGGAGUGCAGUGUAAACACAGAUGAGACGAUUGUCCCUCCUGAUGUUCCCAGUUACCUGUCCUCUCAGGGCACUUUAUCAGAAAGACAGGACGUGUGUAUACGAGUGGAGUCCAAUGGGGGAUCUCAGCCCAAUGGACGAAUAGAAAGCAAUGGCUACGAUGUGCCGGUCGUGUGCGCAGACUGCUUGGAAAACAGCACCAGCUACUCCAAACACUGUAACUACCUCCCUCACGAUUUAGCGCCCCCUUCAGGCAUGGAGUAUCAGCAGACGCACCAAACAUCAACUUUCACCAGCCUCAGCAAUGAACCACACUGCAACGGCACUCCAAACGGCCUUAGAAAAGACAACCAAACACCCAUCUUUCCCACCAACCACGACAGGGUGACAAUAUCACCCUCAUCAAACCAGUACAGUGACCGAAAUGGAUUGUUGGUGAACAAGUCAGACACACCACUGUCACUGGAGGAGUCGUACCAUCGGCCAGUAAAACUGCUGUCUGAGGACUGUGACAUUGGGUCAGAGCUCACACAGACUCUAUUACCCAACGGACACACACACGCGCCCAGUUCAGCUCUAAACCAGAGCCAAUCCUUUAGGCGGGACAGUGACUAACGCCACACCAAGCCUCUUCUUGACAUCCUUUUGCACUGAGAACUGCUACCUCACACUGAGGGGCGCAGAAAAAACCCGCCCCGAUUUUCUGAACAGAAUUAGGGGCGUCCGGAGUUUGAAGGUUAUAAAGCUUGAACGGGGCGAUGACGACGUCCCAUACGAGCGUUAUUGAUGUAUAUAGGUAUAAAUCCUCCUCAGGGAGGCUUCAUUCACACUUCAGAAAUGUGAUUUGCAUUUGACGCAUGCAAAAUAUAUGACAGAGUGCUAUAACGUCGGGCUUGGAGCUGUACAUAAGAGUUUUCAUAUAUAAAGAUAUGAAUGUAUGUAUACUGUAACUUUUACAAACGAGUGUCGGACUAUUCGGUGCAUGGUGAGAUCAGAGUGAUUCUUGUUUUUUUUUAAGAUCUCUCCUGCUUUUCCCAGUUUUAUAAGCAGUGCCUUAUUGCCACAAGCUUGGUUUUUGUCUGGAGAUGUCGGUGUUGUGUUACCUUUCACAAAAAUGGGAAAUUUGUCACGCACUUGAAGUUAAUAUAAGUUUAAAUUGGUCGGAUUAUAGGAAUAUUCCAGGUUAAACAUGAGAUAUUGAGUACCCAUGGUAAUAAAUAGGUGGUGAAAAAAGAACUAGAAAAGUAAUGAAUAUUAGGUCAUUUUUUAAAUUGUGAACAAUUCCACAGUUCAGAUUUGAGGAGGUCAUUUGCCUUUUUUUGGCAUAGAUACAUAAAAUAAAUCAAACGAGACAGUAAAUACGUUUUUACUGAAGGAUUUAAGUUCUUUUGAACUUCUUUUACUUAAGUUUUUAUUAAAUAAAUGUAGUGCUCAUGAGUGUUAAUCUAAAAAACAAAAAUAAACAGUCCUCGGAUGCUCUUUUAUUCAAUUAGUUUUUUUUUUAUUUACUGACUUACUGUUACUAAAAUAUAUGUUAGAAGCAAUUAUAAUCAACAGUUUCAACAUAUUUUUAAAAUAACAUUUUAACUUAACCCAUAGUGAAUGGUGAGUACUUUGAGCACAUACUUUUUAAAAAGUCGACUUGUGGCAGAUUAUUGCUUUAGCAGGAAAAUGAAAUGAAAAAGUGCUUAAUUGUUAUAAACAAAAUCCACGAAAUAUGAGUUGAACAUUUUAUAUGGAACCUCUAUUUUUUUUAAUAUAGAAUUGAAAUUGAAACUCAAAGCCCAAAACAAAAAGGACAAAAGCGUCUGCUAAAUGACAGUAUGUUUACAUGGACACCAAUAAUCCGAUUUUAAUAAUUAAGACAAUACUCUGAUUCAGAGUCUACCAUGUAAACAGUGAUUUUUGAUUAAUUUAAUCCAAAGGUCAUAAUCAAAAUAAACAGAAAUUGGAGUAAGAUGUGGAGUAUGCUGAUUUUAUUCGAAUUAUUGAAGUGUAGUAUUUAAACACCUAACAAUCAACCUAUUACCAUCAUGUAGGAUUUUCGACGUAUUUUGCAACAAGAUAGUCUAUACAGGCUGUUUGACAAUAUUCUCUGCACCGACCGAGUCGGUGAAGGACCACAGAUGCACACAUUGUGAAAUGCGGAGGUUUAUUUGCUCAUACAGCGUGCAGUAUCCCAUUCCAUUACAACUUCCAUAAGUUCAUACUCGCAUGCAACUUCAUGUUAGAAACAGGGACAUGCAUGAAAUGUUCUUGAAUGAAAGUGAAAGUGCCAAUUACAGUUAAAGUCGACAAAUUAAAAAUUAAACGCCCGAAAUAACAUGAAACUCUGGAGGAAAUGAAGAUAGCGUGGUGACGCGAUGAAGGUAAUCGAAUUAUGUGCUGACAUGUAAAACGAGAUCAUGAAAGAAACAUUCAUGAAGCAAAUCACAUUAAGGCAAACAAUCGAUAACUGAUGUCCAUGUAAACGUAGACAAUGUAAAAUCGGAAAAUUAAAGAGAUUUGUUUACUUAUUUGAGUUUGACAUCUCUAAAGAUGUGCUUAGAGAGUAAUUCAUUCAUUUUCUAUACGCCUAUUUCCAAUCAAAGAGCAUCAGAGGGUUUUUCUUAAAUCUCUAGAAUUGACGUUAAUUGCUAAUUGUAACUCAAUAAAUAAUGAAAAUUUACUAUUAAAAUAGUUGUCAAGCAGUCUUAAAGUUAACGACACACACAUUUACAUGCUUUACCAAGACUCUCCAUAGUAGUAAUCUACUUUAUACUGUAAAAACUGCUUGUUAUAUGGCCUUAACGUACCCCUAAACCCAACCCUUGGAGAAAACUGGUGGCAAAUUUUGAAUGUUGAAAAACCCUGUUAAGUAUUUUAAGCAUUUUGAAUGACAAGGACACAAAACAGUCCUCAUAAACCACCUUAGAGUACAACUAGUUCAUCCCAACAAGUUUGCAUUCAUGUAAACCACAUAAACAAGUACACACACACACACACACACAAAACAGAUCAAGUAUUAUAUUUGCUAUCAAUAUCUAGUGUUUAAUCUGGAAUAUUCCUUUGCCGUAAUAUAUACGCUGUGAUCUGUGAUGAAGGAAGAGCUCCUCGUUGAAUUUUCAGGUCUGUUAUGGAGCAGAAACUGAGAACAUUGGCAUGCGGGAAAAUAUAAGCACUUUGAUGAAUCUUACAAAAGCUGAACACUCUUACACCCUGAAAUUGUGCCGCAAUCGAGCCUCUUCUGUUAACAAAGGUACACGCCACUACUAUCUGAAAUGAACUUCUUUUUAACACUUGGGAAAUAUCACAACUAUUAAAUAAUGAAACAGGGAGAGCGGUUCUAACAUUGACUUCUAGCUAACAACAAAACCAUACGCUGCCAAAACACAAAAGGGAAAUAAAUACGAGUCUCUAGAAAGAGUCAAGCUGCAUUUUGCAUUCAGGGUUUUCCUUCAACUACAGAAUGUCUUGGUGGAAAGGGAAAACAAAGCGUCAACAAAACAUUAUUAAUUAGCCUGAGCCAAACAGGUUCAUUUUUAAAGCCCGGUUUCUUUGUUUUGUGUUUUUUUUUUUUUUAACUAAAACAUCUCUACUACUAAACUAGGGGAGUGUUUGUAAAGGUAGAUUACAGCGGAUGCCAGUUUAACCCUAAAAUGUUUUGAUACUGUGGUUAGCUGGCUAUGCUAGCUCUGUGAAGAAGGCCAUAAACUGUACGGAUGUGUGCCUCAGCCCGUUUCAUACGGAUUAAUUUAUUGAAAUAUUGAGCUCUAAUCACAGCUGUUUCACCUACAUGCCUAAAACUGUGUCAAAAAAGUGUCAAAAUGGCGGGUGUUCAUUAAAGUCACAUUUUGCUCUUUUAC